AUGGACUCCUCACCCACAGCCCUCCUCAAACUCCUCCUCCCACAAACCCCCUUACUCGUCAAAACCGCCCUCUGGCACUCCCUCUCCCUCACCCCCCAAUCCAGCAAAUGGGACUUGAAAACCUCGCUCACCGUCACCAUGAUACGCGAGAUGAUGGGGCCGAACGCCUCUCCUCAGCCCAUCGGUAAAACCCAGCGUUUUACACUACGGGACCCGGGUGUAAAAGGGAAAAUGUGGGUUAGUAAAGUCAGCUUGCCUAUUCCGGGUGAAGACGAUGUGCGGCAACUUGUCUUCAAAGCGAUCAAAGAUAUGGGUACUGGAGAAGAAAAAUGGGAGGAACCGCUGCAAAAGGGACUAGAAGCGGAGUGGAAUGGGUAUCGCGCUGCAGCGAAAGAGGGGGAAGGGGAACCGGUGGGGAUGGACGAGAAAGAGAAGUUUGAGGCGUUGAUGAAAGAGACGACGGGGGAGACUACGGUGCUUUAUUUUCAUGGGGGAGCAAUGUAUUUGCUUGAUCCAAGUGGGUAUCGUGGGUUGGGAGCACGGAUUGCGCGCGAGACGGGCGGACGCGUAUUCAACGUGCGAUAUAGAUUAUCGCCACAGAAUCCGUUUCCGGCGGCGCUGCUGGAUGCGUUUACGGCGUACCUUUCGCUCUUAUCGCCGCCGCCCGGUGCAUUCCACGAGGCUGUGCCAGCUAGUAAAAUCGUCUUUGGAGGGGACUCGGCGGGAGGACUGUGCUGUACGGCUCUCUUGCAGCUUCUGCUGCAAAUUCACAGGAGCACGCCCGAGGGAAAAACGCCUACGGUGCGCUUUCACGGCAAAGACGUCGAAAUACCGCUUCCGGCUGGCCUGGCGUUGACCUCCCCUUGGAUCGACAUCACGAGGGCGUUACCGUCUAUAGAAAACGAAACCACAUUCGAUUACCUGCCGCCACCCAGCCAAACCGACAAGAGAGAUAUCCCAAAAGAUGAUGUUUGGCCUGCUAAUCCUCCCCGUGCGGAUCUCUACUGCGACGCUAGUGCCUUACUACACCCCCUCGUGUCUCCGCUCUCCGCACAAGACUGGUCGGGCAGUCCGCCCUUGUUCUUCUCCAUCGGCCAGGAGAUGCUGAGGGAUGAAGCUGCUGUCCUCGCUCAGCGCGCUGUCAGGCAGGGGGCAAGUGUUACGUGGCGCGAGUUCGAGGCUAUGCCGCAUGUUUUUGCGGUGUUGUUGGAGGGGCUGGGGGAGAGUGAGGUGCAUUAUAAGGAGCACUUGGAGUUUAUAAACAAGGUUGUCGAGGGAGGCAAGGAGAAGCUAGACAGCACCGCAGUCCUAAUCCGCGCAAAAACACUAAAGAGAGAAGACAAAGACGUCGCAGCCGGUCUAACGCAAAUCACAGAUGCCGAAGCCAAAGAAAUGAUGGUCAAGGGAAAAGAAAGGAUUGAGAGGAAAUUCGCACGGGGUAAGGAUCCAGCGGCUGAGAGACCUAUGUUGUAA